AGCGGAAGCGAUUGGCUGGCGAGGAGCUAAAGAGGCGGGACAAAUCGCCGCGGGUCUAGUGCCGCCACUGGAACCGGGAGAUGCGGCGCAGGAGGUGUCGCUGUGUUGGCUUUUACCUGGGUCUCGUCUCUUAUUGCGGUUCCUUCUGCGGCUUCGAUCAUGCUGUUACCUUCGGACGUAGCCCGACUGGUAUUGGGUUACUUACAACAAGAGAACCUUACUUCUACCUGCCAGGCUUUUAUUUUGGAAAGUUCAAAUUUAAAAGAAUAUGCAGAACACUGUACAGAUGAAGGUUUUAUCCCAGCCUGCUUACUGUCUUUAUUUGGAAAAAAUUUGACAACAAUUUUGAAUGAAUAUGUAGCUAUGAAAGCAAAAGAAACAUCAAAUGAUGUCCCAGCAAUUUUGUCAUCUCUGUGGAAGAAGUUAGACCAUACACUUUCUCAGAUCAGGAGCAUGCAAAGUUCCCCAGGGUUUGCUGCCAAUCAGAGAGCCCGAACAAGAAGUGGAAUUGCAGAAAUCAAACGGCAGAGAAGGCUUGCAUCUCAAGCAGCUCCUGUCAGUUCAGAGUUGCUGACUUUACCGUAUCUUUCAGGGCAAUUUACUAAUUCUCCUUUGACAGCUACACAAGUUGUUCGGCCAGCUGGCCAGAUUUCAACUCCUUUGAGGUCAAAUUUUGUAGUGGUCAACCAUUCACAGUCACAAGACACUAUGACCCCUGGAGAGGCUUUCAAUAUCAUUCCUGGUCCUCAGGAAAGGAAAACUCAUGCCAGUUUAAUGUCUCCUGGUAGACGCAAAAGUGAAUCUCAAAGGAAAAGUAUCACUUUGUCUGGGCCUCAUUCAACAAUACGGAAUUUCCAGGAUCCAAAUACAUUUGCAGUAGAAAAACAAAUGGUUAUUGAAAAUGCUCGAGAAAAAAUAUUAAGCAACAAAUCUCUUCAAGAAAAGCUUGCAGAAAACAUUAAUAAAUUUUUGACUAGUGACAACAAUAUUGCUCAAGUACCUAAGCAAACAGAUAGCAACCCUAGUGAACCAGAGACUUCAAUUGAUGAACUCCUGGGACUUCAGAGUGAAAUCCACAUGUCUGAAGAAGCUAUACAGGAUAUAUUGGAACAGACAGAAUCCGAUCCAGCAUUUCAGGCACUCUUUGAUCUAUUUGACUAUGGUAAAACAAAGAAUAAUAAAAAUAUAUCACAAGGCAUUUCCAGUCAGCAUAUGGAAACCAAUCUCAAUGUAGUCUUAGCAGGUGAAACUAAUCUAGCAGUUAGAGGUUCUUUUGAAACAGAAGUAUCUGAUGAUCAAUCUGGUCAACCCCCAUUUUGUACAUCCUAUCAAAAUGAAGACACAUCAAAUGUUUUGAAGAAUGGCAGCAACCAUGAUGAGCUUAGACAGGAAGCCCAGGAACAGUUUUCCCAGAUAGACUCUAGCGUCCAGAAAAAGGCCUUUAAAACGGUAGUAUCUACUGAACAGAAGUGUAACCUUGAUAUCACCUUUGAGUCUGUGCCUAAUUUGAAUGACUUUAACCAAAGAAUAAACUCUGAUGCCGAAUGUAAUCAGCAUUGUGCUGAAUUAUACACCAAUCAGAUGUCUACUGAAACUGACUUGGCUAUGGAAGUUGAAAAGAAUUCUUUGUCUCCAAGUGUGCAGAAUGAAUCUCGAUUACAGCCUGAUCAGUCUGAUAUACCAAUAACUUCAUUUGUUUCCCUUGGUGGUGAAACUAACAAUGAGAACUUAAUUCUCUCUGGAAAAACUUCUCAGCUUUUAUCCCAAAAUAUUCCAUUAACUGGAAAGCCAUCUAAAAAAGGUCAAUUUUGUGAAAGUUCUGACGAUACAAGAAGACUUACAACUAAUUUCCAUGGUUCCAAGUCACCGGAUUCUAGAGAAAUUUAUCAGAGUAAAAUUGAAAUUAAUAAUGUGUUACCAGUUGCAUCACAGCAACUUUCAGAUUGCCAAGAUAAUUCUUCACUUCAAAGUAAAAUAUUACCUGUGUCUAUUGAAGGUUCGGGUUUAACUGUAUCUGAACAAAAAGUAGAAAUUCACCUUGGAGAUUCAGUAUCUUCAAUUAAACAACCAUCUAAUGAUUCAUCAUCUGUUGAGUUAAAUCAUACAGAUCAUGAACCUCAGCCCUCCAAGUCUGAGAAAGUUGCUUUGGGUUCACAAGAGCCUUCAUCUUCUGUAAAAGAAGAUGGAGAUAGUAUUUUUCUCUCUUUAGGUGAAAAUAACUGUGAGGAAGUUACAUUGAUACCCCCAGAAGCUAAUCCUAUAGAAGAUAUACGUUCUCUUCCUUCAGAAUCUGUGUGUUCUUCAAUGAGGGAUUCUCACCCUGAGUCCCAGAACACUAGUGAUAAACCUGCUGGCAACAAGUCAACAGAGAUAGAUGCAUCAAAUAUAGUCUCUCUCAAAAUUAUCAUCAGUGAUGAUCCAUUUGUUUCCUCAGAUUCUGAACUUAACAGUGCUGUUUCUAGUAUCAGUGGAGAAAACUUGCCAACUAUAAUUUUGUCUUCUCCUGCUAAAUCACCUGCCAGAAAUGCAGAAGUAGUUAAAUGCCUGUCUUCAGAAGAAACCACAGGUGCUGUCUCAUCUGCUGAAGGAAUUGGGGAUUCAGCCUCAAUGGAACAGAGCCUUUUAGCAUUCAAACCUGAAGACUCUACAAUAAACAACACUCAGAAUGAAGACAGCAUUGCUUUUUCAGCCAAUGUUACACCAUGUGUUUCCAAGGAUGGAGGAUACAUACAGUUAAUGCCAGCUACAAGCACAACUUUUGGCAAUUCAAAUAACAUUCUGAUAGCUACUUGUGUAACUGAUCCAACAGCCUUAGGAGCAACUGUCAGUCAGUCAAAUGUGGUGGUGUUGCCUGGAAAUUCUGCACCUAUGACUGCUCAACCACCACCUCAGUUACAGACACCCCCAAGGUCAAACAGUGUAUUUGCUGUCAACCAAGCUAUGUCACCCAACUUUUCACAAGGAUCUGCCAUUAUAAUUGCUUCUCCAGUCCAACCUGUACUUCAGGGAAUGGUGGGAAUGAUCCCUGUAUCUGUGGUUGGACAGAAUGGAAAUACCUUUUCUGCUCCUCCUCGGCAGGUCCUUCAUAUGCCUUUGGCAGCACCUGUUUGCAAUAGAAGUAUCCCUCAAUUCCCUAUCCCUCCAAAAUCUCUGAAGACUCAGGGACUAAGAAACAAGCCUUGUACAGGAAAACAGGUAAAUAAUUUGGUGGAUUCAUCAAGUCACUUAGUUGGAUGUCAUGUACAACGAACUGAAGUUCCUGACAAGAAUAUGGCCACAGAUCUUGGGAAAAAAUUGGAAGAAAUAACAGUUCCCCUCUCAGUAGAAAGUAUAAUUCCAACUAGCAAAACCUUUGAAAGCCACAGACGUGUGCUCUGUUUUGAUAGCACUGCUUCUCCUGUGGCGAAUACACAGGGGACAAAUCAUAAGACGGUGUCCCAAAACAAAGAAAGGAAUGACAUUUCAUUUUCUAAUCUUGACUCACCCAUUGUUUCCUCCACCUUAAAACCCCCUUCUAAUAAUGCUCUCAAAAGAGAGAGAGAGAAACCUCCUGUGCCUAAGAUUUUAUCUAAAUCAGAAACUGCCAUUAGCCGACAUACCAUAAAAGAAACUCAGUCAGAAAAGAAAGUUUCACCAACAGAAACUAUACUUGAAUCUUUCCAUAAAACAACAGCUAAUAAGGAGAAUGAACUAUGCAGUGAUGUGGAAAGGCAGAAAAAUCCAGAAACUUCAAAACUGUCUAAUGGGCAGCAAAAUGGGGGUGUACGGAAUGAGAAAACUGUAGUUUCACUGCAAGAGCUAACCAGAAAACAAGGCACAUCCUCAAACAGUAAAAAUGUCAUUUCAGUAGGUGCACCUGUGAAGGAUUUAAAACAAGAACAAACCAAGUCUGCCAGUUCUUUGAUUAACCCACUCACCAAACAUACCACAGAAAUGUUACAAGAUAUUCAGUGGCAUAGCCCAGUAAGUAGACUCGCUGAUAGUACUGAUUUAUCUGUACCCCGGACUUCUGGCUCAGGAGCAGGGGAAAAACAUAAAGAAGAACCUACAGAUGUUAUCAAGGUCCCUUCUAGUAGGCGUUACGGUGAAGACAGUAGCACAGCCAAAGUAAUGGUCCCUCCUGUCACCCCAGACUUGCCCGCCUGCAGCCCUGCCAGUGAAACAGGGAGUGAAAACAGUGUAAACAUGGCUGCCCAUACAUUAAUGAUUCUCUCCAGAGCAGCCAUCUCUAGGACUACUUCAACUACUCCUCUAAAAGACAAUACACAGCAAUUUAGAGCCUCUUCAAGGAGUACCACAAAAAAGCGGAAAAUCGAGGAAUUAGAUGAGCGUGAACGACACUCCCGUACUUCUAAUAAAAGUCUUGCAAAUUCAUCAAUACCAAUGAAAAAGAAGAAAAUUAAGAAAAAGAAGCUACCCAGUUCAUUUCCAGCUGGAAUGGAUGUGGACAAAUUUUUGUUAUCAUUGCAUUAUGAUGAGUAAAUAUUCUGAACAUAUAAGAACAGUAGCUAUUUAAAACUACUAUUCCUUAAACUAUGAGUGUAGGGGAUGAGAUACUGACAGAAUCUGAAAGCAUGACCUGCACUUUCAUUGUACUGAAAUUUCACUUUAUUUCUAAAUCAUGCUGUUUCUAAAGCAGCUUCCUAGUUUGUAAAUAGCUUUACCUUGGUAUAUUUUUAU